UUCCGGUGUUCUCCUUCCGUAUACUGUUCAUGAAUUUAUGAAGUAUGCCAUUAUUUCAAACAUUUUGUAGCAUUUGAUUUUGUCUCCUACGCCUCGAUGCAUAAGCAUAAAUUACUCACCAGAAUCCAUUUUUCUAGUUUCCGCAAUUUCAGUCAGAAUGUAAACAGUGUUUCCGCAUGUGACGAUUUUUCUAAUUUGCACACAUAUUAUCAAAAAAUCAUAUCCAAUCCCAAAGAAUUAGCUACUCUAGUAUCGAAGUGCUCCAAUUUGAAGCAACUACGCCAAAUUUUUGCCCAAAUUAUACAAAUCCGUUUUCUAGAACUGUAUCCAGCUUCCUUUCAUUACAAUAACAUCAGUAGAACGUAUCUCCGGCUUCAAUCGCCCAGAGAAGCAUUGCUUGUUUAUAUUGCCAUGCGUUGUGCUGGCGUCUCACCUGAUGAAUUUACGCUUCCAAUUGUGUUGAAAGCGGCAAGUCGAAAUUUGGAUGUUGUGUUGGCAGGACAGGUUCAUGGAUUUUCUAUUAAGUAUGGAAUGAAGAACGAUAUGUAUUGUGUGAGUGGUUUGAUUAGCUCGUAUUCGAAAGGGGGAAAAUUUGAUAUGGCUCAGAAAGUGUUUUGUAGUAGUGCUGUAAGAAAGGUGGGGCAUUGGAAUGCUAUUAUAGCAGGGCUGUCGCAGGGAGGGCGUGGCAGGGAAGCGCUGAAUAUGUUUGUAGAAAUGAUGAAAAGUGGGAUUUGCCCCGAUGAUAUGACUAUGGUUUGUGUGACUUCGGCGUGUGGGAGUUUGGGUGACUUGAAUUUGGCUCUUCAGUUGCACAAGUUUAUCUUUCAGGUGAAUAGAUUGGAAAAACAGGAUGUUCUCACAAUGAAUUCUGUGAUUGAUAUGUAUGGAAAGUGUGGUCGGAUGGACUUGGCUUACAGGGUCUUUUGUGAUAUGGAGGAGAAGAAUGUGUCUUCAUGGACUUCCAUGAUUGUUGGUUAUGCUGCGCACGGACAUGUGGAUGAUGCGCUGAAGUGCUUCAGUUGUAUGGUUGAAGCGGGCAUUACGCCUAAUCAUGUCACUUUUGUUGGAGUGUUGACUGCAUGUGUCCAUGGGGGUAUGGUGCAAGAAGGGAAAUAUUAUUUCAACAUGAUGAAAAAUGGAUAUGGAAUCGAGCCAAUGCUGCCCCAUUAUGGGUGCAUGGUUGAUUUGCUUGGUCGGGCAGGUAUGCUGGAUGAGGCUAUCUUGAUGGUGGAGGGGAUGCCAUUGAAACCUAAUGCGGUCAUAUGGGGGUGCUUGAUGGGCGCUUGUGAGAAUUAUGGGAAUGUGAAACUAGGGGAACAUGUUGCUAAGCACUUGAUAGAGUUGGAACCAGGGAAUUCCGGGGUAUAUGUGGUCUUGUCAAAUAUAUACGCCAACAGUGGUAUGUGGAAAGAAUUAGAGAGAGUAAGAAAAAAUUUAAGGGAAAGAGAGCUGGCCAUAAAUCCCUCUUAUAGUGUGCUCAAGUGAUAAUCCAUUUAGUUCUUUUAUUGUUCUGCGGGGGCAUGGUGAAUUUCUUUAAAACACCUGAUCCUGAUAACAGUCCUGGAUCUAGGAGUCGAGGAAGAAAUUGCAGUUUAUUGGCGCUCCUACACGACCUUGAGGCUUUUUCAUUGUUAUGGCCACCCAUUGAAACUAUAGCUGAUUUCAAAAGCUUGCUUACAAGUUUUAAAUUACUUAGCUGGAUUUGGAGACUUAAACAAGGCUACGGAAUAUAAGUUGUUGGAUGAAUUUCAAAGGUGAUCGGAUCAGAAUAUGCUUCCUCCAUUUUGACUGCUCUGAGAUAUUUCUAUAUUCAGUUGAGUUAAUGAUGAAAUCAAAUUGUUAAAUCCGUCUAGAUACCACUUUAUGUUUAUGUGGAUCUAGAACUCUAGAAGUCCUCGCAUAUUGCAAAUUCAAGAAUUUCAACAUUUGUUUUUCCAAAUCAGAACCACCUGGGCUGUGUUGCCUGGAUGUCUGAUGAUAGAAAAGUGUAAUGGCAGAUGCUCUGAUCGUUUAUAUACAUUUUGGGGAGUACUCCUUGGGAGGGCAAAUUGGCCUUUCAGUGUUGUGCGUGAAAAGUUUUUAUAGUAAUUAAUGUCCAAACUUCAUGAAAGGGAAGAAUGUUUCCAUUGAUGGUGAUAUAGCUGCUACUUUCAAACCACUGACUGUUAUUUCUAACUUUCUGGUGAUGCUGAAGAAGAUGACGAUGAUACAAAAUCUCCUACACAUUGUUCUGUUUGUAUGAUUGUAUAGCGUUUACAAUGUUUCCAUUCAGGCUCGAGAUAAAUCUUAUAGAAGGCUGUUCCUGACCCUCUGCUUUAGUAGUUGAGCAAGUUGAGGUCCUUGAGGAUUACUGUAUACAAGAGUUCGAAAAGUCAAAUAGACAGCACUAAAGUUUACAUACAGAAGGAAGAGAAACUGUAUUAGAAUUCGGAAAGUCAAACUAGACCAAGUUGAUUAAUAUGGACUUCUGCCAGGUGCUGGAGGUGCAAUGAUGUGACGUCCAUAGAACUUUACAGGUCCGGUUUAGUUCCAUAUGUGGGACUUGACCUGUUCCCCUUGUUCCCCUUCUCCUCAUUACUGUUGAGAAGUUUAUCCAUAUAACAGGGCACGGUGCAGACAUAUGGAUAGAAACAAGGAAAAGGGCUUUCUACACUCUGGAAUGUUCAAGGACACACACAACAAACGCCUAAACAAAUUUGAGGAAAUGGCGUCAAACAACACUUUGUUGUCGAGUAUGUCGCACAAGAUCUUUGAAGUGGGAUCUAUCUGCUAUGCGUUGCUUUAAAUUCAUUUACCAGGAAAUCUAUGGCUGAUGAAGUAAUACUAGUAUUUUAUAGAGUACUAGUAGAAACACACAUUUUUCUUUUAUUUUUGAAUGAAACGACAUGUAAUUUUAAGGUUGUGGACUUGUGGGUCUAAUUCAAUUUUCUAAAUUGGAAUCAUUUUAUUUAUCGUG